UAUCCCUCUGAAAAAAAUGAGGAAGUAGAAUCUUUAUAGCAAUGCAAGAGACAGUGAAGUUGUUUUUCGAUUUUCUUGCUUGUUAUAUCAAUGUAAUUUGAUUUUAUUGUAUGCCAUUCCUGCUAACAUGGAAACACUUAGUCUUGUGCUCCUUCUUUGUGCAUUGCAAGGCAUAAUAGUUUAUGGAACUUGCAUUAUUAAAAUAGAUCCAACUAAAGGUAGAAACCAAUUGAAACAUUUCUGGAAAAGCACUGGAUUUUGUCCUCCUUUGCCACAUGACAAAUCAGAAACCUAUUUUCUUGGUAAGGACCAGCAAUUGAAUCUGGCAUACAUUUCUUCCAUUCCCUUGAAAGGCAUUGAACAAGUAAGAGUUCACUGGUUAUUGGAUCUUGUAACAGUUUCAGCAAAACUACAAUAUGACUUUACAAAACUUGAUACUUUUAUAGAUCUUCUGAUGGCGAAUGGCUUAGUGCCAGGUUUUGAACUGAUGGGCAGCCCAUCUGGAUAUUUUACUGAUUUUGAAGACAAACAGCAAGUGAUGGAAUGGAGGAACCUGAUAUUUAGGACAGCUCAAAGAUACAUCAAAAAAUAUGGUUUACUGCAAGUUUCCCAGUGGAAUUUUGAAACAUGGAAUGAACCCGAUAAUCAUGACUUUGACAAUGUUUCUGUUACUAUCAAUGGUUUCCAGAACUACUAUGAUGCUUGCUCUGAGGGGUUAAAGCAAGCAAGUCCAUUACUAACAUUUGGAGGCCCUGGCGAUUCCUGUAGAUCACCACCUAGAUCCCCAAUCUGUUGGAGCCUCCUAGAACACUGCUACAAUGGAACCAAUUAUUUUACUGGUGAGAAAGGGGUGAGACUUAACUACAUAGCUCUGCAUAAAAAGGGAGCAGGAGGUUCUUUUUAUAUACUGGAGCAAGAAAUGGAGACAGUGAAUGAAAUCCAGAAACGUUUCCCACUUUUUAAAAAUGUUCCUAUAUACAAUGACGAGGCAGAUCCAUUGGUAGGAUGGUCCACCCCACAGUCGUGGAGGGGUGAUGUCACAUAUGCAGCCAUGGUAGUAAAGAUAAUAGAUCAACACUUGCAACUUCUAUCAAAUAAAAGUAACAGCAUCAACUACUCAUUGCUAAGUAAUGAUAAUGCCUUCAUGAAUUUUCACCCACACUACUUCUCUCAGAGGACCUUAACGGCAAGAUUCCAAAUGAACAACACUAAUCCACCCCAUGUCCAGAUGGUGAGGAAGCCUGUGCUAACCGUAAUGGGCUUUCUAGCUUUAUUAGGUGAAGUUCAGAUUUCUACUGAAGUUCUAAUAACUGAUUCUAAUGCAAAGAACAGUAACAUUAUUGGGGCCAUCGGCAGCACCCAUGAACCAGAGAAAGGAGAACUGGCCGAUAGCUGGCAGUCAACAAUACUUUGUUAUGCUUCUGAUGAUAACAAAACUUCCCCUACUAUAAAUUCCAUUACAGUAAAUAUGACAAAUUUUCCAAAAUCCAAAGAUCUUGUGUAUGUAACAUAUUACCUUGAUAACAAUUUAACCAACCCAUUUGUGGAAUGGCAGAAGGUAGGAAGCCCUGACUUUCCAACAAUCAAGCAAUUUCAACAAAUUAGGGACAUGGAGGAUCCGAUCAGAAAAGGUCCUAUAGCUUUCCCCAAAGAUGGAAACUUGCUUUUAAAAGUUCAACUGCCAAUUCCCUCUGUUUUUCUCAUUCACAUUUGUGAGAAGCCACAUUCAGCUCCUAAUAAGGUAACUGGCCUUCAUUUUCUACCGCUUACAAAGGGUGAGGUAGCAGUAAUUUGGAGUGAUGAACACAUUACAUCCAGAUGCCUGAAGACAUUUGAAGUGGAAUUUUCAGAGACUGGAUCAACUUACGGUCGGAUAAAUAAAAAAGAUACCAUGUUUAACUUGUUUAUAUUUAGUCCAGAAAGUGCUGUUGUGUCUGGGUCAUACCGUGUCCGUGCUAUAAACUACUGGGACGUUCCUGGACUGUACAGUCUGCCUCAACAAUACACUGAAACUUUGUUACAAUAAUUACAUCAAAAGGACUAGUAACUGAGACAGAAACAAAAGGCUGCUGCCAGCCUUUCAGACAGACCUUUCUCUAGAUGCAUAAUUGCAUCAUGUUUUGGAGGAGUUUGUUGAAGAUGGCCUAAGCAGCUGUAAUCUGUAAUGGUUUCCCUUUUUAUGUCGUGCUUUCCCAGUAUCUGCCAACCUUCCUUCAAAAGGGUUGUAUUACAGGGCGAAGACAAUGACAAUGUUCAAGGUUGGUUAUGGGGCUGCUACAUUUUAAACAUUUAUCUGAGGUGGUUCCAAAUUGAUAUUUUUGGGCUCAAGUUAAAUGUGAAUGAUUUAUCAUUUGUAUGGCCACCUCUUGGUGACCUUGGUGACUCUUAUGACCUUCAUGAUACGAAAAUGGUAUUCAAGGAUGGCAUUUGCUUUGGUGUGUGGAAUGAGAGCCAUUCAUAAGGUUAAUGUUGAGUAUUUAUGUUUACAGGAUUCCUUAUUUGUCUGUGUAUUUGAGAAGUUGUUUUUCUAGUCUUUUGAGUCUUCCAAAAUGAGUUCAAGGGUUGACCUUGUCCAUGGCUGUCAUCUGGUGCUCUAUCUGUUUAGUGAAAUGUGAUAAUUUAUGUAAGUUCAAGGGGAAGAGAUUGAGUAAAAGGAAAUUUGGUACUGGGUAGCACCAUUAAUUUGUAAUUAGUUACAUUUUCUUUAUGUUAUCAUGUUUGGAACAAUAGGUUGUUUCUGCCAUGGAAUUGUAUAGGGACAAAAGGAGUCUCACAGAGUGCUUGGCUAUAUGUGUGGAUGAAUAAGGGUUGGCUUUGAGAAAUGUCUUUGAGAGAUGAGUGGAGAGUGAAUAUGAUUUAAGGUAAGGCAUUCUGUCAAAAUUUGGUUCAAGGCAACCAUGCUGUAACUUUCCCUAGGUAAUAGGAAUCACAUGUAUAUCCUAAUAUAUACUUUCAUACUUACCAUAUACUUUGAUCUGUUUGAACUGAAAUGUGCUUAUUCCAGCACGUUUAUUGUUCCAAAUAAAAGAUCCUAUUUUUAGU